GUUGGUGACAGAGACAGUGCGAAGUUUAAAGGUGCUCACUCACAUUUGCACUGCGUGAACACUUGAGAAAAUGGCUAGCCUACAUCAAUUUGUUACGGCCUUCACUGCGACUAAGGGAUUCAGUUCGAUUGACAUACACUGUCUAUCGACGCGCUGAGGCAUUCAGGGACUUACCGGAAACCAAACUUUUUCUUCAAACUUGUUUCGUAGCUGAGUCGAAAGCGUCGAAAGAGGAAAGAAAGAGACAAGACCGUUCUUCGUCCAAACUUUUACAGUUCAUUAUUUUCUUCCUCAUAUUCGCGUCAUGUUGGAUAAUAGUUGGUUGCUGUCUAAAAUAAGUGAAAUACUGACUUUUUGUCAAGGAUAACGGCCGCCGUCGAGUGUUAUUCCUCCACAUAUAUAGUAUAACGGAUAUUCGUUUUUAUCAUGGAAGACGAAGUGAAAGAGGACCCCACCAGGCCCAACGAGGACCCCACCAGGUCCACAUGGAAGGCCGGUUGGGUGAAAAAGGCCUCAGGCAGGUUCCUGGCCAGCUAUAAGGACCGCUACAUCCAGGUGGAGAGGACAGAGCUUGUGGUGUACGAGAAUGAGGACGUUGCGACCUACUUGGAGAAAGUGGACCUGGAAAACUACGAUAAGUGCCACGAGUUGAGGAGCGCCUUCACGAAGAAGAAUAGACUGGUGUUGAUACGAGCGGCCAAAUCAGGGAAUAAGGUCCAUGAUGUCAAGUUCCAGGCUCAGAACCUGGAGGAGAAGGAGGCUUGGAUUAAGGCCUUUAGUGACGGCAUCAACAGAGCAAAGAAUAAGAUAUUUGACGAGGUGAAGGUAGAUGAGACCAGUCAGUUGGAGCAUGCGACACGCACAAGGCCGAAAGGAAACCGUAACAGAAGACCACCAACCAGGAUACACAUGAAAGAGGUUGCCAACGUCUCAUCAGACGGCAUUCUCCGGCAUGACCUGGACGCGGUGGACGCCAGCAUCCCCAACGGGACACACCACAUCACCACAGACACCACUGAGACUCCCAAAAAGGCUGUGAAGCCCCCCAUGCCCCCCACGUCCAAACCCAGCGAGGCCCCAGAGGAGUGUCAGACCACCCAGAGCCCUGACGGUCUGCCGUCUGAAACAGAGCCCAGUCCCCAGAAGGUCCUGAAGCCCCCCAUGCCGCCCUCCAAAGAGGCCGAGACGGCUGCUGCUUCUGCAGGGGACCAACUCCCUGAUGAGACUAGCACUGACAGAAGCCCAGAGAAAAAGGUCAUGAAGCCUCCUAUGCCGCCCUCCAAAGAGGCCAAGCCCACAGUGUCUGCCGAGGACCAACCACCUGGGGAGACCAGCCCUGAGAAAAAGGUCCUGAAGACGCCCAUGCCGCCCUCCAAAGAGGCCAAGCCCGCUGCUCCAGCCGGAGACCAACCCCCCAGGAACACCAGCCCCGAGGGCAGCCCAGAGCAGUGCUUCGAGGCUGGGGUCGAGUCAGCACCACCGCCCACCCCUCCCGGCAAACCCAUCGGCGGCUCCACAGACAACCUGGCCGAGGCCUCCCAAACCAGCCAGGAACACAGGCCGCCCACCCCACCAUCCAAAGACAAAAAGCCCACUCAGACAGCCGUGCAGGAGGGUACAGAGGAGGCUAGUGGGAGGAGGGAGAAAGGUGAAGAGGAUGAGGUAGAGGAGAAGGAGGAAGAGGGUUCUGAAACGAUUGCAUCUGACGUUCAACAAAGCAGUAUCCCUGAGGGGGCUGAGGAUGAGGAGGAGUCUUCUUCCUCGCAGCUUACAACACCCAUGACCCCCCUAGAGGUCAAAGUUGAACCCUCUGUGACUGACCACCCAGAGGUCGCCACCACCACCAUAGAAGAAGAGACGCAGAAAGUUGCCGAGCCCAUGGCUCAAGAACAAGAGUCUGCCCCUAGUGGUGGAGUGGAUAUAUCACCCAAUGAAGAACCUCAGACAAUGAAGUCUUCCCAACUCACAGUAACGCCGUCAGUUCAGACACCGGAGCCAAUCAAAAAGAGCCCUGGCCCUCCCGGACCUCCCACAAAGAAGAAGCCCGUCGUCCUCCCUCCUCCCAAAGCAGUGGUGGUGGCUCAAGACGUCCACGUAAGCGAACCUAAGAACCAAGCGACAGACAAAACCAAGAACAUCACCACCACACCAGGAGAGAAACUCAACUCUAUCACUUCACCAACACCAGCCGCGCUGACCACAACCAGUCCGACUGAAGAAACAGAGGCCCUGAAAGUUCCUGUGGUCGUUGAGACUAAGUCUGAGUUCCCAGUCGUAGUUCUCUCUCUGAGUGACCCUGAGCCAGACAGCUCCUGCUCCAGCCCCGUGUCCUGCCACCUCUCCCCGGAAAAGAAGAGUGAGCGUGAGGAGGAAAAGUCAGUCGACAGUGGCCAACACUCGGACAUCGAUGUCGACGAAGAAUGGUCAGAGAGCAGGGACACUUUGGCGGCCUCCACCGCUGCCCUAAUGGGCAGCCAAGCUGGCCUGGACGCGCUGAUGGACGAGAGUCAAGACGGAGACACGGAGACCCCCGACAGCUUGGGACUCAGCACUGUGGAGGACUCCCCUUCUACGACCCAGACCCCCCAGGACAAUCCCUCUGGCCUACACUCCACCUUCCUCCAGGUGAGGGUCAGUCAGGCCUCCCAUUGUCCCCCCAUCCCCUUCAAACCCUUAGCCAAGCUCAUGUCCACCUCUUUGGGGGAUCUCCUCUCUGAGGCCUCAUUGGGUGAAAACGUGAAACAGCGAAUCACAGACGUGGCCGGGACAAAGGCCACCGUGGGUCCUCAAGACUUAACAGACCUUGAAAAUGAACUGGCCAUGGAGCUGGAAAAUACAGGGGAGCUCCUGGGGAGCGUUGUCCCUAAAGGGAGCACCGAGGUUGGGCAGAACUCGGCCCUAGCGGGGGGCGAUGGCCUGGAGGACAGGUCGCCGGAGGAGCUGCUAGCCAGAGCCAUGGAGAAGCUGAGGAAAGCAGACCAGUUCCUCAGGCAGGCCAAGCGUAUGAAAGACUCAAAACAUUCUGAGAAUACUGCCAAGAGAAACAGCUGGUGAUUGUUAAAUAUGAAGGAGAAGUAGGGAAAAUGUAUUGGUUAAUGGUGAUGGAAAGUAGUAGCUUGGAAGGACGACAGGUGUUUUCUUAUUCUGGCUGAUUAUGCAGCAUAUUUAUGCAAGUGUUCUGCUGAGAUUUAGCUAAGUGCAAUUUUUUCCACUUUCACUUUUCUCAUGCAAAUGAAGGUUGAUUGUACUUUUUGUACUUAAAUUUGUUUUUUUUACAUUCCACAUUGAUCAUCAUCACUUUCCCAAGGAUAUUUACUUGAAUACUUACAACCGCCGAUCAAACUUUUUAAUGAUACGUUUAAGGAUGUUACAAAAGUAAGUAAGUCUUAGGGGAUGUCGGAAGUGCCUGCAACUUUUUGUAAUCCACAUUUUGAAUGGAUACAGAUUGGUUUCCUCUGUAGUCCUCCUUGCCAAUCAAACCAUGAUGACAUUUGAAGUAAUCGUGUAUGAGGUGGGUUGUGUUAUGUAGUUGAAGUAAUCGUGUAUGAGGUGGGUUGGGUUAUGUAGUUGAAGUAAUCGUGUAUGAGGUGGGUUGUGUUUAUGUAGUUGAAGUAAUCGUGUAUGAGGUGGGUUGUGUUUAUGUAGUUGAAGUAAUCGUGUAUGAGGUGGGUUGUGUUUAUGCAGUUGAAGUAAUCGUGUAUGAGGUGGGUUGUGUUAUGUAGUUGAAGUAAUCGUGUAUGAGGUGGGUUGUGUUUAUGUAGUUGAAGUAAUCGUGUAUGAGGUGGGUUGUGUUUAUGUAGUUGAAGUAAUCGUGUAUGAGGUGGGUUGUGUUUAUGUAGUUGAAGUAAUCGUGUAUGAGGUGGGUUGUGUUUAUGUAGUUGAAGUAAUCGUGUAUGAGGUGGGUUGUGUUAUGUAGUUGAAGUAAUCGUGUAUGAGGUGGGUUGUGUUUAUGUAGUUGAAGUAAUCGUGUAUGAGGUGGGUUGGGUUAUGUAGUUGAAGUAAUCGUGUAUGAGGUGGGUUGUGUUAUGUAGUUGAAGUAAUCGUGUAUGAGGUGGGUUGUGUUUAUGUAGUUGAAGUAAUCGUGUAUGAGGUGGGUUGUGUUAUGUAGUUGAAGUAAUCGUGUAUGAGGUGGGUUGUGUUUAUGUAGUUGAAGUAAUCGUGUAUGAGGUGGGUUGUGUUAUGUAGUUGAAGUAAUCGUGUAUGAGGUGGGUUGUGUUUAUGUAGUUGAAGUAAUCGUGUAUGAGGUGGGUUGUGUUUAUGUAGUUGAAGUAAUCGUGUAUGAGAUGGGUUGUGUUAUGUAGUUGAAGUAAUCGUGUAUGAGGUGGGUUGUGUUUAUGUAGUUGAAGUAAUCGUGUAUGAGGUGGGUUGUGUUUAUGUAGUUGAAGUAAUCGUGUAUGAGGUGGGUUGUGUUUAUGUAGUUCAUGAAAAUAUAAUUUUCUUGAGAAGUUAUUUGUCUUGAAUAACUACUUUCCAAGUGUUAAAAGAAUAUUCAGGGCUUUUAUAAAAUGUCUGAGACAAGCUCUGCCAGUCCAAAUCUCAAUGGCAGGAUGUACAUCAAAUUUGACACCACACCUAUUUUACAAGCCUCCCUUCUUCUGACCGCUAAGGACCCCAUUUAUUCAACAUUUGCACUUUGCAUCAGGUAUCAAGAUUGCACAGUAAGUUUACCAUAGGGAAUUGGACAUAAAAGGUUAAAUGAAAAGGUAAGAAUAAAGGUUCUGAAAGUGAACCAUUUAUCAAGUAUAAAUGAAGACAGUUUGCUGUUUUAGCUUUGGUGUUUCAUCCAAUAAAAACAGGUGCAAACUUUUCACCAGAUCCAAAUGCAUAGCAAAUGUGCCCUUAACUCUGUUUUGGCAAAUACCUAUGCAGGCUAGGUUUAUAUAACAUUUCACAAAAGGUUUCAGACUGCACAUUGCAAAAACAGGAACUACACUCUUAGAAAAAAAUCUAGAACGUAAAAGGGUUCUUCGGCUGUCCCAAUAGAACACUUUGAAUAACCCUUUUUGGUUCCAGAAAGAACCCUUUUGAUUCCAGGUAGAACCCUACUGGGUUCCAUGUAGAACCCUUUCCCCAGAAGAACCCAAAGAGUUCUACCUGGAACAAGAAAGAGUUAUCCUAUGGGACAGCCGAAGAACCCUUUUGGAACCCUUUUUUCUAAGAGUGUAGGCGGUAUGAUUACUGAGCUACUGUAAAAGUGAGUACAGAACCUAUGAUGCCUACUCUCACCUAGCCCCAGUAAUGUUGUGUUGUAUCUACUCUCACCUUGCCCCAGUAAUGUUGUGUUGUAUCUACUCUCACCUUGCCCCAGUAAUGUUGUGUUGUAUCUACUCUCACCUAGCCCCAGUAAUGUUGUGUUGUAUCUACUCUCACCUAGCCCCAGUAAUGUUGUGUUGUAUCUACUCUCACCUAGCCCCAGUAAUGUUGUGUUGUAUCUACUCUCACCUAGCCCCAGUAAUGUUGUGUUGUAUCUACUCUCACCUUGCUCCAGUAAUGUUGUGUUGUAUCUACUCUCACCUAGCCCCAGUAAUGUUGUGUUGUAUCUACUCUCACCUAGCCCCAGUAAUGUUGUGUUGUAUCUACUCUCACCUAGCCCCAGUAAUGUUGUGUUGUAUCUACUCUCACCUUGCCCCAGUAAUGUUGUGUUGUAUCUACUCUCACCUAGCCCCAGUAAUGUUGUGUUGUAUCUACUCUCACCUAGCCCCAGUAAUGUUGUGUUGUAUCUACUCUCACCUUGCCCCAGUAAUGUUGUGUUGUAUCUACUCUCACCUAGCCCCAGUAAUGUUGUGUUGUAUCUACUCUCACCUAGCCCCAGUAAUGUUGUGUUGUAUCUACUCUCACCUAGCCCCAGUAAUGUUGUGUUGUAUCUACUCUCACCUUGCCCCAGUAAUGUUGUGUUGUAUCUACUCUCACCUUGCCCCAGUAAUGUUGUGUUGUAUCUACUCUCACCUAGCCCCAGUAAUGUUGUGUUGUAUCUACUCUCACCUAGCCCCAGUAAUGUUGUGUUGUAUCUACUCUCACCUAGCCCCAGUAAUGUUGUGUUGUAUCUACUCUCACCUAGCCCCAGUAAUGUUGUGUUGUAUCUACUCUCACCUUGCUCCAGUAAUGUUGUGUUGUAUCUACUCUCACCUAGCCCCAGUAAUGUUGUGUUGUAUCUACUCUCACCUAGCCCCAGUAAUGUUGUGUUGUAUCUACUCUCACCUAGCCCCAGUAAUGUUGUGUUGUAUCUACUCUCACCUUGCCCCAGUAAUGUUGUGUUGUAUCUACUCUCACCUAGCCCCAGUAAUGUUGUGUUGUAUCUACUCUCACCUAGCCCCAGUAAUGUUGUGUUGUAUCUACUCUCACCUUGCCCCAGUAAUGUUGUGUUGUAUCUACUCUCACCUAGCCCCAGUAAUGUUGUGUUGUAUCUACUCUCACCUAGCCCCAGUAAUGUUGUGUUGUAUCUACUCUCACCUAGCCCCAGUAAUGUUGUGUUGUAUCUACUCUCACCUAGCCCCAGUAAUGUUGUGUUGUAUCUACUCUCACCUUGCCCCAGUAAUGUUGUGUUGUAUCUACUCUCACCUAGCCCCAGUAAUGUUGUGUUGUAUCUACUCUCACCUAGCCCCAGUAAUGUUGUGUUGUAUCUACCCUGUGCUCUUGAAAGCAGGCCCGUUCACUUGGCUUAUAAAUAGGGCACACAGGAACUAGCCACUUCCUGACUGAUCUCCUCUCUUCUUUAGAUCUCUCUUUAGUCAGAGACCAGAUAAUUUGUAUCACACUGAAAUGCACUCCAAGGUGUUGCUAUGUGCUAAAACAGACUAAGACUUAGAAGCUAAGUGGUAUUGAAGGACCGUGGUAUUAGACAGUUAGUGGCAUCCAUUUUGUUUUAAAGGGGCUUUUAAGGCUAUGAAAUCUUAAUGCUUUGUCAAGUAUUUUCUUAUUUUAUCUUAGCAUUAGGUUUAACCUUGGUCUGCUUCAUUGGUUUGAGGGUAUUGGGUAUUGACCAAUUGAAACAGAAGGAUAUGAUUCAUUUUGAUGGGAACUCAAAUGUGGUUCCUACCUAACAUUUGUCCUUUACAAAAGGAUGAUAAUGCCUUGUCCAAGACUUUAGGAAGUAAAAUAUGUAAACAUGAUUUGUUUUAUAUUUUUAAAGUUUAAAGUUGUACUAUUAGGUCUAACAGUAGAUACUAUGUCAAUUCAUCUAUUGUUAUUUUGAAUAUCAAAUUGCACAUAACACAUUUUCUUACGAACUACUUAAUAUUUAAGUUAUUGAUCUUGUCACACACUCCUUGUGGUUGGUUGGUCCGUCAUUGUAGAAAAACAAUAGAUUUAUCCCCUCAAACUGGCUUAUAGCUGUAGCUGAGUUGCAAAUGUAUGUUGAGGUUUGUAAAAUUGUUAUGUAAUAUAUUUCAUUGUACAAAUGGUCUUACUAAUAAUUGGACUGAUAAGGUUUAUACGCCCGUAGACAUUUUUGACACGGUUUAACAUGUAGCUUUAUAAAGCAUGUCUGAAUAAAUGUUGUUUUCUGUA